CCCACACGACCUCCCCCCUUGUCAGACGAAUCAGAAGCUUCAAAAACCACGAAAAAUUGUAGGCACAAAGGUAUUAAAAUCACAUUCUCCCACGCUUUGGUUAGCAAACCCCCAGAGGGGACCCCGUGCUAUACCUACGCUCUAACCCUAACUGACCCUAACCGUUUGUAACCUUUAGAAAUAUGCUCAGGAGUAGUACAAGUGUGAAUGUGCAAAGUAGUGUUGAUAGCAGUCCUCUAUUGGCUGCAAGGGGGGGUCGUCUGUGUAUCAUUCCUCGCCUAAAGAGUUGUCAGAUCGGCCGCUAAAGCUUGCCCCACACGCUGUUGCCACCCUGGAGCACGUUGAAGGAGACGUGCAUGCCACAGUUAAGGGGAUAAGGCUGUGAGCUCUAAGGAUAAAGCAUUAACGCCUCGCCGAAAUCGCUAGCGCCUUAGGCAGAAUCAGCUAAACACUCCGAGCACAGGCCACCUAAAUUUAACAGCCUUCUCAAACCACCAAACUCUGUCCCGACCGCGACACAUACACUUACACUUACACUCGUUCAACUUUGUUCGGCUGACAUGACGGGCAAUGGAUGCAUCUAGUAAUUUGCGCUUUGUGGAGUUACAAGGUCAAACAAAGUUUACUUCUUUCCAACUUUGGCCAGCAUGAAGUCCAUAAGCUGAUUAUUAAAAAGGCGCACAGCAUGACUUUGGUCAGCUCCGCGUCGAGAUGCGCGAUUUUUCGCCUGCCAAGUGGGUGCAGGAGGUCCGUGGUGCGGACUGCACUCGGAUACCAAAGAACACAUGAGAGCUAUUCUUUGGCCGGCAGCAAAUUACAACCAAAGUCUGGCCUUGUAUCAACUCAUCAAGUUGUAUGCUCUACAUUGCAUAGAAGACAUCUUCACCAAUCGCUCAACAGACCUUCACUAGCUGCAACCCAGACACCAACCUCGCGGUCUCCUGAGCCAGAAACUCAACCGCUAGCAGCAUACAAGGCUCCAAAGACCGGGCUCCUCUCAAUAUUACCUUCGUCAUGGGUACCUUACGCAGAGCUUGUCAGACUUGACAAACCUACUGGAACUUACUACCUCUUCUUUCCCUGUCUCUUCUCGACCCUCCUCGCUGCUCCGUUAGCAGUCCCAAUGGCACCUCCUCUCUCCGUUCUCAGCACAUCUAUACUCUUCUUCAGUGGUGCCCUUAUCAUGCGUGGAGCAGGCUGCACCAUUAAUGAUCUCUGGGAUCGUAACCUCGACCCGCACGUGCGACGGACACGUCUCCGCCCCAUCGCUCGAGGAGCAGUGACACCUUUCAAUGCCCUGGCAUUCACAGGCGUACAACUCUUCACCGGACUCGGGAUACUUCUCCAGUUCCCAACUCAAUGCCUAUUCUAUGGGAUUCCCAGCUUGUUGCUUGUUGCUUCAUACCCACUGGCCAAGCGAGUCACACAUUAUCCACAAUUUGUUCUAGGGUUGACUUUCUCGUGGGGAGCUAUUAUGGGUUUCCCAGCUCUUGGAGUGGACUUGUUGCAGAACAAUGCUGCGUUAGCUGCUGCUGGAUUUCUCUACACUUCCAAUAUCGCGUGGACGGUGUUGUACGACAUGAUCUAUGCUCAUAUGGAUAUCAAGGACGAUGCUAAAGCUGGGAUCAAAAGUAUUGCCUUGAGACAUGAUGUGCAAACGAAGCAGAUCCUGAGUGGGUUAGCUGUGACCCAGAUCGGCUUGCUGGCAGCUGCUGGGGUCGCUGUGGGAGCAGGUCCAAUUUUCUUCGUCGGUAGCUGCGGAGGUGCGGCUAUUACAUUGGCUGUUAUGAUCAAGAAAGUCAAUCUCAAGAGUGUCAAGGAUUGCUGGUGGUGGUUUGUGAAUGGGUGUUGGCUGACUGGUGGUGUAAUAUCAGCUGGGUUGGGAGCAGAGUAUCUCGUACAGUAUUCAAAGAGAUCUGAUACAGCAAAGGUGGUGGCUAAAGAUAGAUGAAAGAGCGCUUGUUCGACCGUGACUGUUGAUCCACAAACCUAUUCAAGGGGGGCUUGUACGAUACCAACACAUAAACUUGACA